AUGGCUCAAUAUCUAAAGAACUUUACGACUAGAUUUGCACAAGCAAUGAAAUCAACUAAUCUUACCACUGCUGUAAAGACACCAAUACCUUCACAUAUAUACGAUGUUGUUCCAACCAAACCAGCAGAACAAAUGAUAAAGAGUGUUAAACCAAUCGAAAUUGAUGGUCAUAGAAUAGGAUGCGAUGGUGGAAAUGGACCACUUGGUCAUCCAAUGGUGUAUAUUAAUCUAGAUGGUGAAAAGCCACAAUCAUGCGGAUAUUGUGGUCUUCGUUUUGUUGCAAACAAGCAUCAUCAUCAUUAA